UAAACAACGCGACGCUGUCAGGUCUUUGCACAUGCAUGCGACCUCUACAUCUCUGAGUUAAUAGUUUGUUUCGGGGUUUAACAUAUGUACAACUGAUGACGAUGCUUCUUGCGAGGAGAACCGUGCAGACGGCGGCGCGGACAAAAUGCUGCAGGUCGUUCUCCGCGUCACAGACUCACCUGAACGAGAAGAAAGGUCUGGUGCUGGGAGUGUUUGAGAAGGAGGGAGAGGAGGGCGGCCUUCAUCUGACUGAAGCGGCUGCAGGUUUUGACCAAAAUCUUUCUGGAAAACUCUCCGAACUGCUGAAAAUAUCUGGACCGGCUCUCAAGAAAGGCAAAAGCAGAAUAUUUUAUGGAAUCCACAAGGACUUCCCGUGCGUCGCAGUCGUCGGGCUUGGUAAGACCAGUGCGGGUGUGUGUGCGGCAGAAAACUGGGACACCAGCAAAGAGAACAUCAGACAGGCAACGUCUGCUGGAUGCCGGCUGCUUCAGGACCUGGAGGUGAACCACGUGGAGGUGGACGGAUGCGGUGAUGCCCAAUCGGCAGCAGAAGGCGCCACUCUGGGUUUGUUCCAAUACGACGAAUUAAAAACCAAGAAGAAGACCAAAGUAACCACACAGCUUCAUGGAAGUUCCGACUCGACCGGGUGGCAGAAAGGAGUCAUGUAUGCAGAUGGCCAAAACCUGGCGCGGCUACUCAUGGAAGCUCCCGCCAAUCACAUCACUCCUACUGCUUUUGCCAACACCAUCGAAGAGAGAUUAGCGCUGCAUGCUGAUCGAGUCACAAUAAAUAAGAGGUCUCAGGCCUGGAUCGAGCAGCAACAGAUGGGAGCGUUUCUCAGUGUGUCUCGAGGCUCAGAGGAGCCCCCUGUCUUCCUGGAGAUGCAUUACAACGGUGCUCCUGACAGCAAGCAGGCCCCACUGCUCUUAGUGGGCAAGGGCAUCACCUUUGACAGCGGCGGUAUUUCUCUGAAGCCGUCUUCUUCUAUGGAUCAGAUGAGAGCUGAUAUGGGGGGAGCGGCCACCGUGUGUGCAUCUAUCGUCACAGCAGCAGCUCUGAAGCUACCCGUCAACAUUAUUGGUCUGGCUCCCCUGUGUGAGAACAUGCCCAGUGGAAAAGCUACUAAACCAGGGGAUGUUGUCAGGGCCAAAAAUGGAAAAACAAUCCAGGUUGACAAUACAGAUGCAGAGGGCCGGCUGGUUCUCGCUGACGCGCUGUGUUACGGACACACUUUCAACCCAAGAGCCAUCGUCAAUGUUGCUACGCUAACAGGUGCGAUAGAUGUAGCUCUCGGCUCAGCAGCAACUGGAGUGUUUACAAACUCUGACUGGCUCUGGGAACAACUACACAAGGCUAGUGUUGUGACAGGUGACAGAGUUUGGCGGAUGCCUUUGUUCCAGCACUACACCAGACAGGUGACUGACAGCCAGCUGGCUGACCUCAACAACGUCGGCAAGUACAGCCGGUCUGGCGGCGCCUGCACAGCAGCUGCAUUCCUGAGAGAGUUUGUCACAGCUCCUCAUUGGGCUCAUCUGGACAUCGCAGGUGUGAUGGGCAACAAAGAUGAAGUUCCCUACCUGAGAAAAGGCAUGUCUGGAAGACCAACACGUACACUGGUGGAGUUUGCUGCCGGAUUGGCCCACAGUGGCUGAGAGAUUGACACAAAUAUCAGAAUGGACACAAGACUGUGAGCUUCUUCUGUAGCGAGAUUCAACCCUGAUCUCUCAGCAUUGGCCAGGUUUAGAAUAAAAAAAUGGACAAUAUCAUAUCCAUUGAAGAGCUCAGGAAAUGUUGGCAGGGAUUCAUUGCUGAUUUUUUUGUAAACCAACAUGACAGCUUUUAUGUUUACAUACAGCUAAUGCGUCGAGGUCACAGGUACAGAGGAUCCCCACACUGUUGUGAUAUCAGCUAAAGACAACUGAAACUUUAUUGUCAACAAUGUAUAUGAUGUAUGAAAUAAACGAUAUCAUUAAUUAUG